ACGAUAAUUAAUUCUAGGCAUUUUUUUGACAUGGACGACUGUUGCUGGGCACAAUUACUUCCACAUGAGAGAUAACUUUCGCAUGUACUACUUCGAUCUCAGUAUGUUAUCCUCGAAGAAUUGGCGUAUCGUGCACGUAAUGAGCCACCAUAUGUAUCCUAAUACUUUAUGGGAUUAUCAGAUUUACGAGCUGGAACCGUUUCUUCAAUGGCUCCCUCAUAAGGAUAAAUCCUACUUUGCGGGUAUCAUAAGCCAGAUCAUCAGUCCUAUCGUCUGGAUGUUAUUGUUUCUCUUGGAAGGCUUCAAACGAUACUACUUGGUAUUCAAGGAAUAUGGAGUCUUUGAAUUUCGUGACUUUGUGCCGUUUCUGCUGCCUUUAUCGAUGAGUUUGCUAGCGCCCAAAGUUCUCGUCGCAUUCAAACUGUGGCUGAUAAUGCUGCUGAUCAGUAGCGCUCUGUUCGGUUUGAUUGGCUUCAACGCGGCUCAUCAUCAUCCCGAUAUUUUCCACGACGGUGAUAUCUAUAGGAAUGAUCUGGACUGGGGUUUGCUCGAGAUGGACGCAGUACGCGAUCGCGAGGUGAUCGAUGACUCGACCUUCCUGGCGCUCACGAACUUCGGUUCGCAUACACUGCAUCAUCUUCUGCCCACUGUGGACCAUCACUAUCUGCAACUGUGCGUGCCCGCUUUUCUGCAGACGUGCAAGGAAUUCGGCCUCAAUUCGGACAAAUGGACGCAAUGGGAGCUUCUUAAGGGACAAUUCAGGCAACUCAUGCGAACCGAAACGAAAAAGAAUCAUAGAUAGUGAUUCUUAUCUUCGACACAAGACAGUUCAUUAAAUUCUGUAAAUUUCUUAUAUAAAAAUUUCUUAUACAUUGUUUCAUAUAGUUUUUGACAUAAACAUGGUUGAAUAAUAAUAACUGUAAUAAACUCUAAUUGAAUUUCUUCAAAGUAACGUAAAUCAAUAAGAGAUUUUAUAAAUCA